AGUCCACACGCCAUGUGAUUGUGGAGUCCACACGGCUUCCAUUAGACCUCUCACUUCUCCUAUCUUGAGUUCAGUUUUUCAGCUCUACAAGAUAAAAGUAACCAAUUUCUCUUGGCUAAUUGCGCUCAUAUUCAUCUGUAAUUCUCUUGUUCUAAUAAUCCUAAUUCCUUUCUUCCAUGGAAUUUUUGGUUGACCCCCUUGUCUCUCAACCCUUCGAGGGGUUGUUUGAUAUAUUGUUGUCUAAUGAGGUGCGGGGAUUUGCCAAGCAACUUGUUGGAGGGGUAGAUUCAGAGCUAGAUGAGCUCAAUACAAAGUUGGAAAUGAUUAAUAAAGCUCUGCUUGACCGUGCAGAAGACAUACAACUGAUGGAUCCGACCUUAAAAAAGUGGCUUGUCAAUCUUCAACACUGGGCUUAUGAUGCAGAAGACGUGCUGGAUGAGUUUGCCUAUGAAGCUUUGCGACGCAGACUCAAGGUAGAACAGCAGGCAAGCUCCAGCAACGGAUCGAGGUUCCUCUGUGCUAAUUUUCCUGGCCCCUUGUUCAAUGUUAAAAUUGGCUCCAAGAUCAAAAAGAUCAAUAAUCGGUUGGAACAACUCCGCCAGCAAAGAUUAUUGAAGAAAGACCUUCCUGAAGUAACAUCAAGUAAUGUCACAUUGCAAAGACCAAAGGAAACUUCAAGCGUGCCACAUGAAAAAUUUGUUCAUGGCAGAGAUGAAGAUAGAGCCAAACUAGUUGCGAUGGUGAAAAGCGAUCUACCUUGUGGUAACAACUUUCGAGUGAUAGUCAUAGUCGGCAUGGGAGGGAUCGGCAAGACUACAAUUGCUCGAGAGGUGUACCAUCACAAGGAACCGGAAGGCUUCAAGUUUGAGGAAAAAGCUUGGGUCUGUGUUUCAACCAAUUUCGAUAUUUUAACUAUCUCAAAGAGUCUCCUUGGGUCAUUAAAAGGCUCCACGUUCUCCAUUCCAAGUGAUUUAAAUGGAGUGCAAGUUGAACUGCAAAAGGCCGUGAGUGGGAAAAAAUUCUUGAUAGUAUUAGACGAUGUUUGGGAGGUGAAGAAAUACAACGACUGGGAAAAGCUAACGUCUCCUUUCACAGCUGGUGCACCCGGAAGCACGAUGAUCGUCACAACACGCCAUGAAAAUGUUGCAAUAACAAUAAGAUGCUCGGAUAGUACUUAUCAUUUACCACUUUUAUCCAAUGAAGCUUGUAAAUCCUUGUUUCAGGAGCAUGCACUUGCGACUGGUAGGACUGCUUAUACAGGUCAAAUUACAGAGACAAUUUAUGAAAAGGUCGCUGAAAGGUGUAGUGGCCUGCCUCUGUCAGCAAUGACCCUCGGUGGUCUCCUAUUCUUCGAGUCGACUGAUACUUGGGAAAAAUUACUGGACAGCAAAAUAUGGAAUUCAAAUGAAAAUGAUGUUCUUUCUGUAUUAAAGUUAAGUUAUCUUUAUCUCCCUACUCAUUUAAAAAGAUGUUUCGCUUAUUGUGCGAUUUUUCCGGAAGACUAUGGGUUUAAGGAGGAGGAACUUGUACUUUUGUGGAUGGCAGAAGGUAUCGUUCAACCAACUGAUGGGCAACUGGAUAAGACAGAGGGAGAAGAGAGAUUCAGAGGCUUGGAAAAACUUAGGAGUCUAAGAACAUUCUUGCCAUUAUUCAUGGAGCCUUUCGAUCACUCUGGAAAUUCUAUAAGUGCUAAGGUUAUUUUUGAUUUGUUGCCACAAUUAAAGAAGUUGAGAGUAUUGUCCUUUGAACGGUACUGCAUCACUCAUUUACCUGAUUCAAUUGGAGAUUUGAUACAUCUAAGGUAUCUAAACUUUUCUUACACUAAGAUUAAAUGUUUGCCUGAAUCAACAUGCUCUUUAUUGAACUUGCAAACUUUGUUAUUAAAAGAAUGUUCUUGUCUCAUGAAGUUACCUUCUAACUUGAGAGAUUUGACCAAUCUAUAUCAUCUUGAUAUAAGUGGUCAGAAUUCAUUGAAAGAAAUGCCAUCCGGAAUGAAGGAAUUGAAAAAUCUCCAAAUGUUAUCUGAUUUUAUAGUGGGCAAAGAAUCGAGUUCCAAUUUAGAAGAUUUGAGGAGCUUAAAUUUUCUUAAAGGUGAGCUUUGCAUUUCAAACUUAGAGAAUGCAAAGCAAACAUGUGGGUUUAUAUUAAACAACAAAAGAGAUUUAAAAGUGUUGUCAUUAGAGUGGGGGUCUCAAUUUGAUGUCCCACGAAAUGAGGGAGAAGAAAAAGAUGUUCUUGAGAUGUUGAAACCUCAUAGCCAUCUAGAAGAACUAACAAUUAGAUCCUAUGGUGGUUUAGAAUUCUCAUCUUGGUUAAGCACUUCGUCAUCACUCUCUAAAUUGAUGGUCCUCAGCUUAGAAAAUUGUGAAAAUUGCACAAGUUUGCCUUCUCAAAGCCUAUUGAGCUCACUUAAAGUGUUAAAAAUCAUAAACAUGCCAAAACUUGAAAGAAUAGACAUGCAAAGUCCUUUCAAUUCAUUGGAGAUUCUUUGUUUUCAGGAUUUGCAAAAAUGUCGAUAUUGGGACACAAAAGGGGAAAAUGAGAAGGUUGAGAGAUUUCCUAAACUUCGUGAGCUUUCAAUUAUUAAAUGUCCUGAACUUACUGUGGAAUUGCAUGAUCAUCUUCCUUCACUGGAAGAACUUGUGAUUAAGGUGUGUGCAAAGUUGAUGGUUUCAUUCUCAAGUUUUCCAAAGCUCAUCGUGUUCAGAAUUGAUAAGUGUAAGGAAGUGGUGCGUACUAGUAGUUCUACUGAUGAGAUAAUGUCCUUUAAGUCUGAAUCUCUUCCAAAUAUUGCAGAUUCAGAGUAUGAAAAUUGGUUGAGUCAAAAUUUCAGUUGUGUUGAGAAGACAAUAAAAUGGAGUCAUAGCCUCACCUCUGUUAAAAGCUUAAGUAUAAAAAGUUGUAGUAUUUCAUUCCUAAACGCCAUCUUUCUUCCUAAUUUGAGUGAUCUGGAGUUUACCAAUUGCAAGGCUCUAAAAUCUUUACCAAAAAGAUUGAAGCAAAACAACAUCAAAAAGUUGGCAAUUAGGCAAUGUGGUUCUUUAUUAUUCAUUGCUAGAAAAACUCUGCCUCAGUCACUAAAACAGCUGGAGAUAUCAGGGUGUAAGAAAUUACAACAUUUGGAAGGUAUCAGUUCUACUCUUCUUGAGUCCUUAAAGAUUGAAAGUUGCAAAUCUCUCACACAUCUAUCAUACAGAAUCUCUCACUCAUCACAAGAAUUGUUGUCUAACACACUCAAAAGCCUAGUCAUUCAAAACUGUAUAAAUCUGACAACAUUAUCAGCAAGAAGCAGGUGCCAACUUAAAAAACUUGAAUUCCUCAAUAUUCAGAAUUGUCCAAGGUUGAAGUCAAUAGAAGAAGCAUUUCACAGUAGAUCGUGUCUUAAAGAUAUGUGUUUAAAUGGUCUUCAAAAUCUUGAUUUGUUCGGCAUACAAAAUCUUACUAGUCUUCAAGAUUUGGAGAUAACAAAUAGUUCGAUGUCAUUGCCGAUUGAAGGUAUUCCAACUAGCCUAACCUCUCUUGAUAUCAUUAGAGAUGUCGAAAUGGGUAAAACACUAAUUAGAUGGGGAUUGCACAAACUCAACUCUCUUAAAACACUUUGGAUAAGUGGAUUUGAAGAUCCAGAGUUGAUUCUAUCAGAGGACCAACGAAUGCCUCUUUCUCUUGAAUAUUUGUUCAUCUCUAAAUUGGCACCAUUCAGAUCAAUUUCAGACUUGGGCACACUCACCUCUCUUAAGAGAUUGGAAAUUUGGAAUUUAAAUCUCAACUCAAUUUCAGACGUGGGAAGCCUUGUAUCACUUAAAAGCUUCAGUAUUGAGAAUUGCCCAAAGAUCAAAUCAAUUCCAGGUUUUGGAAGCCAUAACAUCCUUGAAAAAUUGUCUAUUGUGGAUUGCCCAAAGCUCAAAUCAGUUUCAUGCCUGAGAAAUCUUACUUCUCUUCAAACCUUGACGAUUUCCUAUUGCCCAAAGCUCAAAUCAGCUACAUUCCUGAGAAAUCUUACUUCUCUUCAAACCUUGUGGAUUUCCGAUUGCCCAAAGCUCAAAUCCCUCACAAGCCCGCCACCCUCACUUCUGGCAUUAGAUAUUUACGAGUGUCCAUUGAUAAAAAAACAUUGGAGGAGAGAUAAAGGUAAGUAUUGCUCAAAGAUUGCUCACAUCCCUAGAGUUGAAAUCGAUUUAAAAUUGGUCUUCAAUUCAAAGGAGGAAGAGGAAGAAUUGGUUUGAAUUAAUUGCAUUCAAAGCAUGGAGUCAGAUUAUCAUCUCCGUUUCAUUCAAUUCAAGAUGAUCAUCAUCACAUCAAGGAGACAACCACAGUGGGCAGCAGGAAGCAAGUGAAGCGUUGAUUGAAUUCAAAGUUGGAGGAGUAGUCUAUUAGGAUACUAAAUGUUUGCUCAUGUUUUUACCUUAAAAGGAUUUUUCAGCUUUUUUUGGUGCACAAAAAGAUUUGUUACGUAUCCACCAUUGAGAUGAAGAAACAACUGGAGGCAGAAAUUUGAACAAUUUUGUAUCUCAAAAUGAAGACUCGAAAAGAGAAUUAUCUAAUUCAGAUCCAGAGAGGGCUUCCUGGAUAUGUAAUAAAUCUUAUUGUCACACCAUUGCACCAGAAGCGUAUUGUGAUGAUAGCAGGAAUUUGAAGGCUGAAAAAUUGUGGCAACAGAGCGGCAUAUGUAGGUUAUUGUUCAUAUCGUGAGAUACAACUCUAUGGUUGAUACUCGAAGGAAAUUCAAGACCAACAAAUGAAAGGAUUUCAGCUUAAAGUUCAAGAGGAGUUUGAACAACCUGGACAAGAUACUCAAUGUAUUUUAGAUAUGGGUAUUAACAACCGAAAGUAAGUGACUUUAAAAAGUAAUUUAGUAAAAGGUAAGUCUUUGCAUUAUGUGUUUCAUUUCAACUUUGUAAUUGACAAUUGAAUUUUAGCUUAGUGAUUUGAUUUGAGCAGGACAUGGUCCCAUGGAUGUAGGCUAAGAUAUAUCUUAGCUGAACCAUGUAAAAA